AAGAAAGAUCUUCGUUAUUGGUGGUGGUUGGAUCCGGAGCGACCCGUAUUUGAGACAAGGACUGAGAUGAGAGGGUUGGGUUGGGGGGAAGUGUUUGGUUGGAGUUCUUGAAAGAAAACCCCAAUAUUCCGAUUCCAAUUCCAAUUCCGAUUCAGUUAUUCCAAUCCUGGCUUCAGAUAUCUGGAAGCGCUUGUUCCCGGCCCGAAGAAGUAGGUCGUUGCCAUUGUCGGGUUCAGGUUGGGUUCCAAUUCCGAACAUAGGAAUAGGAAUCAGAAUGGGAAGCAACAUAAACCUCUUUAAGCUCUGCUCUGCCCUCAGAGUGCUGGGCUACUUCAUGAUCCUCUUGUUCGCCGCCAUUGUCGCCCUCAGUUACUACGCCGUCGUUUUAAUCACCUGGGGACCUCUCCUCUUCCACUCCCCUCUCCGCCUCCCCUCCUUUUUCUCCGCCUUCUUCGUUCUCCUCCUCUUUCACAUUCUCCUCAUACUCUUAACCUGGUCCUACAUCAUGGUCGUACUCAACGAUCCCGGUUCCGUCCCUCACAAUUGGAGACACCACCAACAACAACAACUUCGCUCCGAUUUCAAUUUGGAGACAGCACCGCCAACGCCCUCUCCCGCCUAUUGCUCUCGAUGCCAGAAUGGCAAGCCACCGCGAUGCCACCACUGCUCUAUUUGCCAAAGGUGUGUUCUGAAGAUGGAUCAUCAUUGCAUUUGGGUCGUCAACUGUGUUGGGGCACGUAACUACAAGUACUUUCUCCUAUUUUUGCUGUAUACGUUUCUCGAGACAACACUGGAUUGCUUAGCUCUGGUUCCUAGUUUUAUCAGAUUCUUUGGUGGAAACAAGAAUCAUUCAUUGUCUCCGGGGGGCUUUGCCGUCAUCUUUUUGGCUUCUAUUCUUAAUUUAGCCUUUGCGCUCAGUCUUCUCUGUUUCGUUGUUAUGCAUAUAUCUCUUCUGUUAAGCAACACAACUUCAGUAGAGGUUCAUGAAAAGAAAAAAGGAGUUAGGUGGAUGUACGACCUGGGCUGGAAGAGGAAUUUUGAACAGGUUAUAACUUCUCUUGAUGGCCAAAAUGUAACAAGAAAAGAAGUCUUCUACUAACGAGUAAACCAUGUAAUGAUUUUUAUCCAAAAAAGAGUUUGUAUACUUUUGGUCUUCGUGCUUUCUUAAUUUUAUGAUUUGGUUCAUCCCCUGUAUAUUUCUAUAUUAUAACUUGUGAAUAGCAUAAUUAUUUGAUCUGAAGUCCGUUAAGAUUAUAUGGUUAUGGUCAAUUAGUAUAUUUGAGAUAUUGUUUAUUUUAAAACUUGGUAGGUGUCUUUUAAAAAUAAAAGUGUGAUGAGACCACUAAGUUUUAAAGUAGGCAAUACCUCAAGUGCAGUGUAAAUUUGAGGUCUGUACAUUGGUACCUUCUGUGAGAAUGGAAACGAAGUUAUGAAAACCCCUAAACCCUGAGUCCUUUGACUAGGUACUUGUUUUGGUAAGUACAAAGUUGAAGUUAAAGAUAAUUUAUAUACACUUUCUUCCCUUAACGCACUGAUGUGUUUUUAAAGGAGCAAACUGUGACUGAUCCACCAAACUCCAAAGUGAAUAAUAUUUUAAAUUUAAAUGUGAUGAGUGAUCUAAUGAUGAUAUUUUAGUGGAAAUGAGGUUAGAACAAUAUCUGAUAGUUUUCAU